AUGUCCGACGUCCCUCAGGAUUUACUAGAUGGAAUCUCCGGCGCCCUCGCAAAAGAGGGUGAUGUACUCCAAAUGAUCCUUGUCACAUUCAUCGCAUUAUCAUGCUACAAUGUCGUCGAGCUACUUGUGCUCGUCCCAGCGACUUUCCGCCGCUGGCGCGGGCUCUACUUCUGGUCAUUACUCGCCACCGGAUGCCUCGGUGUAGUCCCGUACUCAAUUGGCUUCCUGAUGAAAUUUUUCACGCGAGCCAACUCCGUGCUCUCGGUGACAGUCCUAACCAUCGGCUGGUGGACGAUGGUAACCGGGCAAUCGGUGGUGCUGUAUUCACGACUGCACCUAGUGCUCCGGGACGAGGGCGUGCUCCGCCGGGUUCUGCAACUUAUUGUCGCAAACGUACUUAUCCUACAUGUGCCGACAACAAUCCUGACCUACGGCGCGAAUAUUGUACGCACAGGCGAUGUGGCGUGGGUGAAUGGAUACAACGUCAUGGAGAAGAUCCAGCUGACUGGGUUCACAAUACAAGAAAGUCUACUAUCAACGCUGUAUGUGAUUGAGACUGUCAAACUGCUGCGCCUUGGUGCGGACGUUACCUCACGCCCGGAUGCCCGAACUAUCAUGUACCAACUGAUCGGGAUCAAUUGCGCGAUCAUUGCGAUGGAUCUGCUCCUGUUGGGUCUUGAAUACGCAAACUUUUAUGCGAUACAAAUCACUCUAAAGGGGUUUGUGUACUCGCUCAAACUCAAGCUUGAGUUUGCUGUGCUGGGUCGUCUAGUUGAUCUUAUUCAAGGAUCCAGACAUCCGGCUUCUAUUGCUAUUGCUGAUACAUUACCUCUGUGCUCGAUACAGAGACCGCCUGAAACGCCGGAUCGCAUCGAUGAUCUGCCUGAAGACCAGGCUGAGGCGAAGGACUUCUUGGCCCCGCCGGACGGAGGCCGGCUUGUUCAGAGGAGGAUGUUUGUGGAGUCUGGGAGAGUGAGAUGA